UUUCCUAUCCCAAAAUUAUUGCAGAAUUUUAUGAUACACUCAAAUGGCUACAACUAGUCUACUACCUAAGUCCAUUUCUCAUUUUCUUAAUAGCCCACCUUCUUUUCCUAUAACCCAUGUCACAAAUGUACCUUUCUUGAUUAAAAAUCCAUUGGAUAACACAUUUUGUGCCAGAAAAUCAGGGAGUUUUCAGCCCAAUGCUAAGAAGAAAAAUCCAUGGCUUGACCCUUUUGACUAUGGUGAUGAUCCUGAAAUGGAGUAUGGUUCACUUUUUUCAGAUGGUAAACAAGAUGAGGAUCCAAGACCACCAGAUAAUCCCGAUAAUCCGUACGGGUUCCUUAAAUUCCCAAUGGGAUAUUCUGUCGAAAUUGCUUCUUUGGGUUUGAAAAUUAGAGGUGAUGUUAGGAGAUGUUGUUGUGUAAUUGAUGGAGGAGUUUAUGAGAAUUUGCUGUUUUUUCCAACAAUUCAGAUGAUUAAGGAUAGGUACCCUGGUGUUCAAGUGGAUAUUCUUGCGACGCCAAGGGGAAAACAGACUUUUGAACUGAACAAAAAUGUGAGGUGGGCUAAUGCCUAUGACUUGGACGAUGAUUUUCCUGAACCAGCAGAGUACACUGAUAUGGUUGGAAUUCUUAAGAGUAGGUACUAUGAUAUGAUCUUGUCAACCAAACUGGCAGGGAUUGGACAUGCAGUAUUCUUGUUUAUGUCAACUGCCCGCGACAGAGUUAGCUACAUUUACCCAAAUGUGAAUUCUGCUGGAGCAGGAUUGUUUCUAUCUGAAACUUUUACACCAGAAAGCAUGAAUCUUUCCGAGGGUGGAUACCAUAUGUAUCGUCAGAUGGUUGAUUGGUUGGGCAGACCAGCUCGUAAAGUACCACGACAACCUUUACCCCCACUUAAAGUUUCAAUCUCAAGAAAGAUUAGGGAGGUUGUAGAGGCAAAAUAUAAGAAUGCUGGUGCACAGAGAGGAAAAUAUAUUGUAAUUCAUGGGAUAAAAUCAGAUUCCAAAGCUUCUAUGCAGUCGAGGGGCGAUGCUGACAGCUUGCUUCCAAUCGAGAUUUGGGCUGAGAUAGCAGAAGAGAUUAGGGGAAUCAAGCCAGUUUUUGUCAUUCCGCAUGAGAAAGAAAGAGAAAAUGUGGAAGAUGCAGUUGGUUUAGAUGCUAGUAUAGUGUUCAUAACCACUCCUGGACAGCUUGCUGCUCUUAUUGAUGACUCUGCUGGAGUGAUAUGCACAAAUACAGCUGCCAUACAACUUGCUCAUGCACGUGGAAAGCCAAGUGUUGGGCUAUUCUGUUCUGAGGAUAAGGCCACAAGUUUUGUUCCCAAUGCAGAAGAAAAGAAAUGUGCAACCAUUUCAUCAAAAACAGGAAAAUUGGUAGAUAUUGAUGUUGAUGCUGUGAAGAGCGCAGUCCAAAUUUUCACCAUGCCCCUAGCAAUCUUCUAAAUAUUAUCUCCCCCCCCCAAAUACUGUAAGUAGUUGGUAUUCUACUUUCUUCUCAUUGUAAUUAAUAGAAGCGCAAAGAAACCUUUGUUCUUGUCGCUUGGUA